AAUAUUAAAAAGUGAAAUAUGUUAUGUGAGACUAGAGUUAGAAAUUGAAGCAUUGUAAAACCUCUCCGUUCCGUAAUGAUCGAAACUAUUUACGCUUUUUGUAUUUGAAUUAUGUGUCUUGAGUUCUGUGUUCCUUAUGCUAGCAGAUUGUAGAUGUUUAUCUUUUAAACUUUACUUAAUCUUAUAUUGGAAACUUUUUUUGUUACAUAUUCAGCCAGAAAAUUGAUCGAUCCUUGUUGAAUUUUUAUACAAUAAAUGGAUUUCGAAAAUAAGUCGAUUUCGAAAGGAAAGCAACUAUGGGGUUGCUAAGAGGAAAUGUGAAAGGAAUACGACGACAUAAAUAAGCAAGGUCGUUUUUAAGAUGGGUUCUAGACGCGAAGCACUGACAAUUGGCGCACUAUGCGUGACGUGGUACGCGUUAAGCUCUGCAAGCAACGUUGUGGGAAAGCUGGUUUUAACAGAGCUGCCGUUUCCUAUGUCGGUUACGAUGGUGCAACUUCUGUCCACAGUGCUUUACAGUGCACCGGCUUUCGCUUUGUGUAAUGUCCGCCGAGCACCCUCGUUUCCAAAGCAAUAUUAUUUGCGUGUACUUGUACCAUUAGCAUUCGCUAAAUUUUUUACAACUAUGUUCUCACAAAUCUCCAUAUGGAAGGUGCCAAUAUCGUAUGCACAUACAGUCAAGGCCACCACACCUCUGUGGACGGCCGGUCUGGCGUGGGUGCUGUUCGGCGAGCGGCAGUCGGCCGGCGUGCAAGGCGCGCUAGUCCUGAUCGCAGCCGGCGUGGCGGUCGCGUCCGCCACGGAGCUGCACUUCGACGCGCUCGGCCUCGGCGCCGCCCUCGCCGCCGCCGCGCUGCUCAGCCUGCAGCACCUGUACUCCAAGCGCGUCAUGCGCGACACGGGAGUUCACCACCUGCGUCUGCUACAGACGCUGAGCGCCAUGGCAUUGGUGUUGCUGGUGCCGGCGUGGCUGGGUCUGGAGGCGCUGGCGCUGGCCGACGCGGUGCCCACGCGCGGCUGGGCGCAUGCGGGUUCGCUGCUGGCGCUGGACGGCGCGCUGGCGUGGCUGCAGGCCGUGGCCGCAUUCAGCGUGCUGUGGCGCGUGACGCCGCUGGCGUACGCGGUGGCGUCGGCCGCCAAACGCGCGGCGGUGGUGGCGGCGUCGCUGCUGCUGCUGCGCAACCCCGCCCCGCCGCUCAACCUGGCGGGCAUGGCGCUGGCGCUGCUGGGCGUGCUGGCCUACAACCGCGCCAAGCUGCGCUCGCCGCGCCCGCUGCUGCCCGUGUGACCGCCGCUGCUGCCGGGCUGGCUCGGUGAUCUCUCCUGUGGACCCUCGAUAGCUCAAAUUUAUAGGAUUAGUAUUUCGUGGACGAAGUGUAGUGUAACAGAUGACUAAUACUUAAGUGUAUGAGAUCUAUUAUUUUUAUUUUUAAGUUUAUUUAAAAAUGUCGACAGGCUAGUCUCUUAUAGCAUUUAUUUUAGUACAGCUAAUCUGAACCAACUUAUUGAUAAACUUUGGUACUGUAGUAUUAUUUUGUUUAGACAAAUAUUGUUUAGAAUGAGUGACCAAUGAUCGGGAACAGGAUUUGCUACAAAAAAUAUUGAUAAACAUUAACAUUUUGAGUAAUUUAGUUGACAUUUAAUCAGUGUUGUUGUAAUAAGAAAUAUAAAGGGACUAUCUUAAAAAUGUAACUACAUAUGAGAAAAAUGUUUUCAAUGUAGCUCACUAAAGAAUAUGAAUCCUGUGUAGUAAGUGUUAUAAAAGGUUUUAAAUAAAUUUAUAUAUUUCUUAUUAUUUAUUAAAGAAGCAAAUUUAGUUAAUGAUCUAAUAUAGUUAUAUUCGGUUUCGAGAUAUAAUUGCAUCAGCUAAAGCCAGUAUCUUAUUCUGGGCCCAUAGUACGAUAUUAUAAACAGUUUUGCUUGUGUUGAACAUCGGGAAGUCUUAUGGCUCCCCAGCUUAGCCGUCUCUCCGAAACAACAAUAAAAUCUACGCGACAAACAUCCCGGCAACCAAGAAUAUAAAUUAUUACGAAGCGUAGAUGAUCUAACUGUACCUAACUGUGAGAAUGUAUAAAUACAACCAUUGUGAUUGUGGCGAACCGACUAAUUCAUGAUGAAUUGUUAAAUAUGAAGAAAAAUUACAGACUUUGCAUACUGAUUUAAUUAAAAUUAUUUAACAGUAUCUUAUUGUGGAAUGGAUACUGGAAGUACUUAUUAUAUUUUAGGUGACUUCGAACAGAACGAGUUUAUGAAUAUGGCUUUACUUUUUUAUGUGUGCGUUUCUGCAUAUUUUAUUAAGAAAUCUUUAUUUAUAAUACAACACCAUUGCACUCAACUCCUUAUUUCCACUUUAAUUUUACUUCCAAAAUUUCGGUAACAGUUUCGUCGUUGUUCGGAACGCCAUUUUUUUUCGCAAAUCCAUAGAUUAAUCAAGCUCUCGACCAAUGAUAUCGCGUCAAUUUGCUGUCAAAUGUUUUUUAUUAGGCUUUUUUCUUGUAAUGGUUAGAAUAGAGUACCUAGUACCUAUAGGUUCGUCGAUUGUGUACCAAUUUUAAUAAUCCUUAUUUUAUUGUCAUCAUUGUCGACGAUUGCCUCCGUACUUAUAAGAAAUCUGAAUAUCAGUCCAAAAAGCAGACAUUAGCCAAUUGCUUAACCUUUACAAUCGCUGCUCAUUGAAAGCGCAGAGACCACCGCCAACAUGUCAGGGACAGUUUCUGAGAUUUAUAUAUAUAGAUGUCAUUAAAAAACUUGCGAUAUAUAGCUUAUGAGCAUGAAGCGAAUAUAAUAGUCAACAGGAGUUAUUUAUUUCUAUUACUUCUAAUAGUUUUAAAAACAUUGGAACGAAGCAUGUUUAAGAAAAAAGGUUUUAAUACAGCGCAAAUGUAAAUAGAAAAGGCUUCACUUUGAAAGUGCAGUAAGCAGUGUAUAGGUAUAGUCCUAAAUGUUUCAUAAAGUAAAACUAUCUCUGUAAAUAAACACAGCAAUAUGAGCCAAGUUCCUUCCGGUAAUGUUUGCCAGCUCCGUAGUAUUUUUAGAAAAUCACGCCAAUUUUGACUACAAAUUCAAUUCAACUGCAUGACGGUGCAUUUGUGUGACUUCAAUUAAAUUAUAUGUGAUAAAGUUGAAGUAGGUACAUGUUAUUAAUUUUUUCCACAUUAGAACAAACAAAUAUAUGAAAAUGAAAACUACUAGUUCAUGGUCAUAAAGUAAUUGAAAUGUAAUUUUCCGCUCAUAAUUCGUUGUAAAUACAUAAAAAUAUAAUUGUUUUGGUGCACUUUUUUGGUUAAAUUGUUAUAUUCGGUGUACAUACAUACAUCAAAGAAAAUUGAGGUUUGAACAUAGACAAUUUUAGUAAUUUUACUUGUUAUAUUUCUAACAAAAGGUAGUUGAUUCUAUUUCUAUUGUAAGAUGGUCUCUUUUUUAACGCCCAGUUAAAAGUUAUA